CCCACCUCAUAUAUCCAUGCAAGGAGGGUUUAGUUCUCGGACAAUCGGGGGCUGGUGUUAGAGGGAGAGGGUCGAUCCGGUCCGGAUCGUCGUCUCCCUCUCGCCAUCCUCUGUCCACUAGGGUUAGGGUUUUAUAAAACCAUCUGUCGACUUAUAGAUCUCGAACACACCCCAAUGCCAUCUAUUUCCCUUUAGGUUGGCGUUGAACGGGAAGAAUGGAGAACAUGAAUGGGGCAGCCAGUUUCAGGGGGAAACGAUCGGGAUUAGAAGAGGAGGCACGGCAUAGAAGCCCUGAUGAGAUAACGGAGGAGGAUUUUGCAUGGGUGGCGGAAAUAGUUGACGAGACAGAGACUCCGAUUAAGAAAAACACUUCUCCCAGGCCUUUGAGGUUCAUUCGCGGGCCUACUUGGUUUUCAAAUAAAUCUCUUCACUAUGACGAAACUUGGCGUCAGUAUCUGGAGGAAAUCUCUCUAGGGCUCAGCAUUGGGAGAAAUUCUAAUGGCCUUCACGCUGCACAGGGGAAUGCUUCGACAUCUAAUGCCGCCCCUGAAGGUUCAACAAGUUGCCCAGACAGGAGGAAUGCCUUUCAGGCCAAGCACGCUCAAUCAGAUUCAGAUUCAAGACGGGCUAGACAGCAACCUCCUCGAAGGUCUCGGGGUUUGAAAUUUCAAUGUUUUAAUGAACUGGAGAGCAGCAUUCAGGCGUUGCAGGAUGUAACAGGGGAGUUCUUAAAUGCAUUGGGACUUCUAGAUCGGAUGUGCUUAUUAAGCUUUGAAAAUAUGAUCAUGAGGCAGCGAAUCGAGAAUACAUUUCAAGCAGAGCUUAUAAGAGGCUAUCUGUACGACAAUUAUCUGCAAGAGAUGGCUCGUCUUCAUGCACUGUUUCAGCAGCAGAUGUAUCCGCAGCCUUCUUCAUCCCAGCGUCGUUUUAAUAAUGGCAGAAACCUUAAUCCCCAGUCUGCUAAUAAGUCCUUGAAGCAUUAAGAGACAGACAACUGUAACUGGUCUCCGUGUGUAAUAAUCAUUUGUUAUGAGUUUGAGUGAUGGUUUGAUAUUGUGCUUUCUCCCAUUGGUGUUUGGUUUUCAGUUGUGUGACUCAUCAAGAGCUAUGGAUGUUCGGUGCCAAAUUGAAGGUAGUCGUUUCAGCAUUCGGAACCAUUUGGUGCCAUGCAUGUGACGAUCAGGAAAGGAAGGCGAAGGCAUCAUCUCCUUGGGCUCUUCACUGCUGAUUCUUGUUUUCUUUUGUUUUGAGAAUAAUAUAAUGAAAUUGAUGUACUGAAUAGUAAUGUUGUUUUUGUGGGAAGAGCAUUUUGUUUGUUGGUUUAAAG